CUUCCUCUCAUGUGGUAUAUCUUUCUCCUCUGUCCUUGUUUCUCUACGGCAGUCCUAGUCUACUCCGUCCGGGAGGAGUUGCCAGUCGGCACCGUCAUAGGCAAUGUCUUUGAGGAUCUUCGACUCGAAAAUUCAGAAUCUAGCCAAUUAACAUAUGGAAUAUUCGAGAACUCUGCGGCAGGAGAUCUUUUUGAAAUCGACAAAACUGGAAAUUUGAUUACACUGGAAAGAAUCGACCGGGAAGGAGUUUGUUCAGGAUCUGCUGACGAAUGUUUUGUUUUUCUUAGAGUUCUCAUCGGUUUUUCGAAUGGCAGGACCAACAUUGCCGAUUUAAAGGUGAAGAUAACGGAUAUAAACGACAACAACCCGACUUUCGACCCUCCCUCCCUUACUGUUGAUGUCCUAGAGUCGUCUAAUAUUGGGGAAUUGAUCCCAAUCAAGUCCGCUGAGGAUCGUGACUCCAAAGAAUAUGGAAUCACGGAGUACAGAAUUCUGAACAAAUCAGAAAUUCCAUUUUCUCUGAAAAAGAGGGAAACUCAUUAUAUUUGGAGUUGUUGCAGAAACUUGACCGACAGUGGAGGGCAAGUGGGAGUGUUGAACGUGACGGUUAAUAUUUUGGACGAGAAUGACAAUGUCCCCACUUUUGUCCGCCAGAUUUUCACGUUUUAUGUUUCGGAAAACGCGCCUGUGGGGUAUGUCGUAGGCCGAGUCGAGGCCACGGACCCCGAUGAAGGAAUAAACGCACUCAUUCACUACAAAGUCGACUCUCGUGCCAACCCGAAAGUUGCAAAAUUUUUCCAAGUCGAUCAAAACUCUGGGAAGGUGAUUUUAUCGGCAAGACUCGACUACGAGAAGAUAAACUACUUUGAAUUUCCAGUGGUGGCCUACAAUCCUACGAAAAGUGGGAUGCAGGCCACAGCAUACAUUUCUGUGUUCGUGGUCGAUUUCAACGACAACAAGCCCCAGAUUACCCUUCUUGGGAGCAGCACUCUUUCUGUCGCAGAAAAUAGUCCAGAUGGGACUGUUAUCGGGAAUUUGUUUGUUUCGGAUGCCGACUCUGACUCAAAUGGGAAAUUCGAAUGCACCGUCAACGACAAUCGAUUUAAACUAGCAACUUCAAGAUCUGGAGGACUCUUGCUUAUAAAACGUGGCACUUUAGACAGAGAAGAGUCGGAUAAAAUCGAAAUGUUAAUAAUUUGUCAAGACAAAGGUGUACCUACUUUAUUCUCUUCUGAAAAGCUUGUGAUUGAAAUAUUGGACUCGAACGACAAUCCGCCAGUAUUUGAACAAGCCUCUUAUACUUGCUACGUAAUCGAAAAUGCAAUUAUUCAAAAUGCAAUUCUCAAUGUAAAGGCGACAGACAUUGAUGCAGGAGUAAAUGGAGAAAUCAAAUAUUUUCUGAAGAAUGGGACUCAAUUCGGUUUUUCGAUUGACCCAGACAGCGGGGAUGUCUAUCUCGGAACAAGUCUCGAUCGGGAGUCACAGUCUUCCUACAGUCUAGAGGUGGUAGCAGUCGACGGAGGAGUGCCGCAGUUGUCUGCCUCCGUCAUUCUACAAGUGUGGGUGGUUGAUCAAAAUGAUUCGCCACCCGAGUUCGAAAGGCGCGAGUACUAUUUCCGCGUCUUGAAAAAUACACCAAUCGGAGAGAAAAUUGGCUCAAUAUUUGCAUUGGAUCCUGAUUUGAAUUCCCAGACCGAAUAUUCGAUUGAUUCUGCUUACUUCCAAGUGGACAAAAACACAGGAACUAUUUAUUUGAACAGGCCUCUCCGCAAGGCCUUCUCACAUGAAGCAACAAUAACCGCGACGGACGUCGACAAACCCAAUUUGAUAGACACUGCCAAGAUCGUAGUAAAUGUGUUCGAAGAGAAUCCUCCCGAAAUACUGUUUCCCAAUUCCCAGCAAAAUCAUUUUCCCCUGAACUGUCGUGCCUCGGUCGGCACCCAAAUAUUUCGAAUUACAAUACGUGACCCUAUUCUGGGCCCACUUACUUAUGAAAUUGACGAACCUGAAUAUUUUUCAGUAAACAAAACAGGUUCAGUCAGGCUGGCAAAAAGUCUGGACUUUGUGGGUGCUGUCGAAUUCUCCAUUAAAGUGACCGACAGUGGAAUUCCUCCGCUAUUCUCUAUAACCAAUGCAACUGUCCAAGUUAUGUGCGAGACGCCAUUUCUCUCCACAAAUUCACUCAACCUGAUGGCGGGGAUCCUCACGAUUAUUGUUUUCGGAAUGGUGAUUCUCGUCCUUGUGUUUUUACGGAAAAAUGCGAUUAACAAAAAACCCAGUGAAAUGACGAGUUUCCUUGCCACUCAAACUCCGCAAUUUCCAGUUACCAAUUUACGACAUGGUUGUUUUAGCCAAAAAAGCAACAGAGCUACGGUUUUCUCAGGAUUGUUAACCAAAAGAAACUUAUCCGUGGGAAUCAUUUGUGGAACACUCGGAAUUGUGUGGGCCUACAACGAUGUUAUUCAAAAUUAUACUAAUUCUGACUAUUUGAACAACACCCCGCUUGCAAAACUCUCCAGUAACAAAUCAAUCGACAAAAGUGGACUUAUCCACGAAAAAACUCAGGAAAUAUCACGUGAGGAGCUCAAUUCAGUGAGUCUGAGUAUAUCCGAGGCCGAGGAUUCAGUGGCCUGCCUCGAUGACCACAACGAAGCCUACAAAAACAUUCUCAUGGAAGAUCCAAAUAUCAAGGAUUUGAGGGCUCGAAUGAGAGGUGAGACAAUUGACUGGCUCAAAUUGACGGGGAUAUGCAGCAGGGCUAUUAGGGGGUUGCACUCUGAUAGAGAGGUGUAUGAAUUGGUCCACUUGGGUUUGAUAUUGCAGGCACUCGAGGAAAUGGUUAAUGCAACGUCGGACGUCCCUUUUGCCGACACUGUUCUGAGGUCGAUUGGGCCAGAACUGCACACUUAUAAAGAGGUGGAGGAAAGGUAG